AUGGAUCAAGAUAAAUCCAUGCCUCUGUUAGAGAUAUCAGAAACUGGAAAAAAAAAAUUAAAUAAAUGCUGUAAAUUAAAUUAUUCAAUAGCUGCAAUUAUAUUAUGCAGCUCUAUUGCAAUCUUCAUACUGAAUCUAGUUAUUAAAUCUUAGUUUUAGUUAAGGCUAGUAUUAGGAAUAACACAGAGCGCUUUUGGACUGUUGUUAGCUUUAAUUCUCAUAUAUUUAACAUACUUCAGAAAAGUAAAACUAUUCUUAGUGCACAGCGUGGCAUCAGCUACAAUAGGCCUUAUAUACGAUGCAUUAAUCCUUAACGUUAUAGUUAGAUACUCUAAAAAUGAUCCUAAUUAUUCCAAGGCAUAAAUAGAAUUAAGUGAUAUUAUCCUUGGAUUUGUAUUUACUAUGAUUCAAACCUUCAGUCUUUUUAUAAGCAUUUUUCUUCUCGUUAAAAUGAAAAGAGCCUAUAAAUUAUGUAAGAAAUUUACCUACGAAAACUUCCAAGUAUCUUUAUAAGAAGAGCAAAAAUCUACAACUCCUGUUCAAACUUCAUUAUCUAAAUAAAAUGCAUUUUUUUCAGACAAAGAUUAGACGAGUGAAGAAAGAAAUGAUUAGAAAUAAUAAGUUGAUUUCUUUGAAAAUUGUUCUUAAUAUACAGACUCAGUGAUAAGUGACAUCGAAAAUUCGAUUCCCAAUAAAAAAAAGAAAGCUCUCAAAUCUAUGGAUGUACUUUAAAACACUGAUAGUGAUGCUUAAAAUUAAAAAAGUCAUACUACUAAAUCAGAUAGAAACAACUCUAGCAGCAUGGCACAUCAACCAGCUAAAUAAUACCUAUCCCUUUAGUAAAAUGAUAAAAUAUAUGAAGGAGAGGAAGAAGAUGAAGAUGAAAGUGAGUACUAAGUUUAUAAUAAGAUACUAACUCCAUAAAACCAAAAUGAAUAUGGAUUCAAUGAAAACCAAAAUGCUAGAGAAAAAUCUUUUUCAAAUCCUAAAAACGAGAAGAAAAAGCAAAAAAAUACUUACGAAAGCAAAAGCUAUUACAAUACUACUAUUGAUUUGGCUAACUCUUGA